AUGUCUUCCAUCGAUAACGUCGCUUAUGAAGAGGAGUUCUUGCUUAAAUUUGUUACUCGACUUAGUGCAUAUGUAACACAAGCACAAUACAACGUCGUUGAGCUGACCGCAUCACAGUUGCUUGCGGAACAGUUCUGGUAUGAGAAACCACGACGCCCAGAUGCACAUACUAACUUUACACCUCUUCUGUUUAAGACACACGACACGCUAACAAAUCUCGACUUCGAAGUCAAGUACAUCUGGAAAGCAAAGUUAUCCGUCAUCAAAGUACUGUAUCUGUUGACGAGAUACAUGGCCUACAUCAACGUGGUGCUCGCACUUUGGUAUUUUACUUUUGGGCACAACUUGACACCACGAAUGUGUGAAAAUGCUGCGACUGCUGUUUACUUAAUGGUUGCAACACGAACCUGGGCGAUCUGGGGUAGGAAUCGCAAAAUUGCGGUGGGAAUGGUGUGUUUAUACCUCGGCUGCGUUGCCGGGGGAGUGUAUACAAUAUACAUGUUCUUCCAAAGUGCCAUCAUCACUUCCAAUCCAGGACUUCCGGGCUGCUUCGUUGAGGGUUCCUCAUUGAUGAUGAAAUUAUCUUGGACUACGAUGCUGAUCGGGAAUUCAGCAUUGGUAGUCCUAUUAUUGAUCGAAUCGUACCUCGUCUACAAAGAAACGCGCAGCUUUCCAGCUUUGUUCAAGACUGUCAUUACUGAUGGUGAUUUCCGUCAACCUUGUCGCACACCACUGCUGACAGUUGCAACUAGGCGUCUUGUAUUUUGUGCUAUUGUCCACCUUCAACAUUGGGUGCUUGAACAGCAACUGACGAUUUUUACAGUACUAGUGAUACUAGUGAUUGUACCUAUUCCAUCGGGAUUUGAUUUCAACAUGACGGCGAUACUCAGCGUGGUAGCUGAUCCAGAGUCAUCAUACGAGUCCAGUACGCUCCCUGUAUCGACCUUUCGGGUGGCACAUCACAAUGGUUCAAACACAAACGCCUAA